GCAUGUGGUAGUUCAGUGACUUUUAAAAGUGUCUUUCUAUUGCCUUAAUGAUGGAAAAGACUGUCCGUUCCUAUCAGAUGGAAAACACAGAUGUAUUCCUGCCACUGUCAUCGCUGAGGCUGCUGAUCCCCCCUCUGCGGCUGCUCUCUGCAGCCAUGUGGCAGGUGGCUCAGCGGAGAGACGUUCUUGAUUAUGAAAAGCUGGAUGAGUUUGUGUCAUUGGUGACGGCCACAGUUCCAGACCUGCUCAGUCCAACGCAGCGAGGCAAACUGCUCCUCCGACUGCGAUCGAAAAUUAUUCUUGAGCUGUGCAAAAAUGAGGAAACGGCCAACAUUGUGUGUAUACAGCCUCACCUAGAACGAAUCCGCCCACCAGGGUACACAGGGAGUGGAGAUGCAGAGGUGGAUGCAGAGGAGGCUAUUUUCAUGGAGCUGAUCCAAACACUACUGAAAGACCCCGCAGAGAGGGAGCAUUUCUACCAGGAGGUUUUUCCAACAGAAUAUGGUCUCAGCUACGACACAGACAUGCAGCUCCUUGUGUGGGAGUUUCUUUCCAAACUGGAGAAGCUCCUGCCAGUGCCAGACCUCGGCCAGACAGUGUCAUGGCUGACCUCUGCGCCCUCCGUGCUGAAGGACUGCCUGCAGCCGCUCUCCAGUCCUGAUGACCUAAGGUCUCUCCUGCAGCACCACAAAUGUCUCGAACACCUGGGCACACAAGGUACCACUGUGGAGAUGUCCACCCAGGUCUUUGCCUGCUCCGAGUGUCCGUUCUUCCACAUGCAGGAGUCCUACCUGCUGCAGCACAUUGAGCACAGUCACCCAGAGCACUACAGCAAAGUCCAGAAGGCUGCGGAGACAGCUGAGGCCCCCAGGAAGAAGGUCCAGUUCCCUCAGUUCCCAAAGCCGUUCCCCAUCCACGACAGACCUGACCCUCACAUGUGCCAGGAAUGUGGUAAAAGUUUCACACGCGCGUCAGACCUGACACGUCACCAGCGGACACACACGGGCGAGCGCCCGUACACUUGCGACGAAUGUAAGAAGGGCUUCAAGAACUCUUGGGAUCUGACCAGACAUCAGCGCAUUCACACUGGAGAACGACCCUUCCUCUGCUCCCAGUGUGGCAAACGCUUCACACAGAUGGGUCUGCUCAAACUGCAUUUCGAACGAAGCGCCUGCGGCCAGACAUACAACCCUCUCCUAGACAUAACGACGGAGGUUGUAGUAGCAGAGGAGACAUCGGAGAAAAGCAGCAGUCAGUACAAAUGCCAGAAAUGUGGCGAGAGCUUCAGUAGCAUCCUGGAGCGGCUGAGACACAGGCAGGGGCACGUGGUCAGGCGCCAGUACAAAUGCUCUCAGUGUGAGAAGAUCUACAGCCGAGCGUCAGAUUUAAAGAGACACCAGAUGAAACACACAGGUGAGCGGCCAUUUUCCUGCGAAUGUGGGAAAAGCUUCACCCAUGUGUGGCUUCUGAAUAAGCACCAGCGGAUCCACACCCAGGAGCGUCCGUACCCCUGUGCAGAGUGUGGGAAGAGCUUCACGCAGCUUCAGAUACUUAACAGACACCUGCUGACUCACAACGGACAGCGGCCUUUCCAGUGCUCCCACUGUGAGAAGAGCUUCACCCAGCUGGCCAGCCUCACCCGCCACGAGAGGAUCCACACAGGUGAGAGGCCGUACUCCUGCACCACCUGUGAGAAGACGUUCCUCACACAGGGAGAGCUGGGCAGGCAUCAGCGCAGCCACAGUAACUUCAAGCCGUUCAGCUGCUCACAAUGCCCCAAGAGCUUUAAAACCAAGCGCGCUCAGAGCGAACACCUCAACACACACACCGGCGAGCGUCCGUUUGCAUGCACGCGCUGUGGGAAGAGGUUUGCCAAGUCAACCUCACUCGUCCGGCAUAACCUGACUCACACGGGAGAGCGACCCCACCAGUGCCCUCAGUGUGGAAAGACCUUCCUCACCUCUGGUGAGCUGCUCCUGCACAAGCGCAUCCACACAGGAGAAAGACCUUAUCCCUGCUCCUACUGUGAGAGGAGGUUCAGGUGCUCCUCUGACCUCAACAUGCACAUCCGAACACACACCGGGGAGAAGCCACACAGCUGUCUCUUCUGUAAGAAGAGCUUCUCCACGUCCACGAGGCUCAAGAGACACAUGCGCACACACAUGGAGAAGGGGAUAGUUGUGGAGUCAUUUAAUCUUUGAGCUGUCAGGAGCUGAUGAUGUAUUUAUUACGACACGA